AUGGCCUUCUCAAGGGGAAGCCCCGCCGCUAGGCCAUCAUCGCCACCAUCAAGCGAGUCUGGGGAGUACCGAGAUACACCUGAGAUCAGCACCGCAUCUGAAACAGAGGACGAUGCCCCGCCAUCACACGCAGUCAACGUCGCACUCAGAUGGAACGAGUCGAAAUCUACAAUAUGGAAGCUGACUGCCACAUUCUGGUGUGCGAUGGUGAUGGGAGCAAAUGACGCCGCUUACGGAGCUAUCAUUCCCUAUACUUACUACCAAAAAAGCUAUACAGUUGUUUCAUUGAUCUUCCUUUCGCCAUUUGUGGGCUACGCCCUCUCGGCCAUACUGAGCAACCUGAUUCAUCAAAACCUAGGAAGAAGAGGGAUCGCUGUCAUUGCACCGAGCUGCCAUGUGACUGCUUUUGCAAUCAUAUCAACACACCCUCCAUUUCCAGUUCUAGUGGUAUUUUAUGUACUCAUUGGUCUUGGCAGCGGCUUCCACAAUGCCGCGUGGAAUGUGUGGAUUGGUAACAUGGCCAAUUCGAAUGAAGUGCUCGGGUUCUUCCAUGGGUUCUACGGCAUAGGAGCUACAAUUAGCCCAUUGGUUGCUACAACAUUGAUUACCAAAGUGGGAUGGCAGUGGUAUUCUUACUACUAUCUUAUGACCGGAGGGGCGGCACUAGCAUUGAUUUACACUGCGGCCGCCUUUUGGGACGAAACAAGCAACAAGUACCAACAAGAAAACGCAAGCCUUGCAGGGGAUGCAGGCGGUGCGUUGUCUCAAACUCGUGCUGCUCUGACGCACAAGGUGACCUGGAUAUGUGCCAUAUUCCUCUUCCUAUACGGCGGUAUAGAAGUGGCAAUUGGCGGUUGGAUCGUUGUUUUCAUGACAAAUGUUCGACAUGGCGGUGCAUUUGAAUCUGGAAUGGCGGAGACAGGGUUCUGGCUGGGCAUCACUGUCGGUCGGUUCGUACUGGGGUUCGUAUCACCACGAAUUGGAGAGAAGCUAUCGGUCGCCAUAUACAUUUUGUUUGCUAUCGCCCUUGAGCUGAUAUUCUGGCUCGUGCCAGAGUUCAUUGUAUCAGCAGUGGCAGUAUCGCUUGUUGGUUUCUUCAUGGGGACCAUAUUUCCUGGAGUUGUCAUUGUGGCCACGCGAAUGUUACCGAGAAAUAUUCACGUUGCUGCCAUCGGGUUUGCGGCUGCAUUCUCAAUGGGUGGUGGCGCUGUGUUUCCCUUUAUGAUUGGUGCUAUUGCGCAAGCCAAGGGGGUGACAAUCUUGCAGCCAAUACUGCUCGCCAUGCUAGCUGUGGCCUUGGGGAUUUGGACAACCUUGUUCUGGCUUCCACAGCGAGAGGUGUCACAUCAAGUCUGA